UGCCAGUAAAGAAUUAAUCAAAGCUAACUUUGCCCUCCAAGGCAUAAUGAAAUUUAAUGAAACCUACCACACACCCAGCGGCUUCUGGAAAUAUACAUACUCCGACAACCGUAUUAAUAUUCCCUAUAAAGAUUACUCUUAUCCUGUCAAAGAGGAAGAACCAGGUUUCCGCCAUAAUCUUCCUGCUGGUUCUCUUUAUAUUCAAUGUGGUAAAAUCGUCAAAUUUGAAAAAAGACUCGAAUUAAGACUAUUAAUCCACGGUAAAUCACCUACUGUUCCUAAGCCUCUCGAUGUUACCAAAAUUAUUACAGCCAAUAUCGAGACUCUCAUAGUUAACAAGCGUACCCACCUUUCUUGGAUAGCAGAAUGGUACAGUAUUAACAAUGACGGGUCAAACAGAGGCAGUGUAUUCAAAUUUACUGAUUAUGGUAAUGAUUCUACUAAUAUGCUUAAAGCUUUCUGGGGCGAUAUCCUUAAGAACUGUCAAGGCUGCAUAAUCUACUUCCACAACUGGGCUGGCUACGAUGCCUUCCAUUCCCUCAAAGCCCUAGUACUUCUCGGGGAGGAAUUAGGGCUUACUAUCCAGCCAAUGCUUCAUAAUGGUAAAGUAAUUAGCCUCAAAGUAUGCGAACUCAACAAAGUAAUCCUGAAAGUUAAAGAUAGUAUUCUCCUCUGCCCUAGUUCCUUAGGUUCAUUAGCCAAGUCCUUCAAAGUAAAAUGUCUUAAAGGCCAUUCUCCUCAUUACUUUAACCCUAUGGAGCAUGGUUAUCCUAAGCUUGACUAUGUCAGGCCAGUCCCUGCCUAUGAAUUCUUUGAACCUAAACAAACUUCGCUAGCCAAAUACCAGGAAAUCAUAGGCUUUCAAGAACAAUUCGCCCUUAGCCCAUUAGCUAAUUGUAUUAUCCUUGGUCUAGCCUUCAAAACUUGGAAAGCACACCAAGUCCCUACUUACAAGUUACAAGUGCCUGACCUUUUGCAAACAUACGACCCGCUAUUCCAAGAAGCAUACUUUGGUGGUAUUGUAGACAUUUACAAACCCCGAGUAGUAAACGAAUACUAUUACGACGUGAACUCUUUAUACCCUACCACUAUGCUUCGUCCUCUCCCAGUCGAUAACCCUGUACUACUGAGCCUUACUAUCUCUGAGUUCCUUAACUCUCAGUUCUUUGGUUUCGUUAAAGCUAUAGUACAAGCCUCUUCUAAUCUAAGCAUCGGUUUUUUAUCUCUGUGUCACCAAGGUAAACUCUUAUGUCCAGGCGGAACCUUUUCUGAACUCUUCUUCUCAGAGAAACUUCGUUUUGCCAUAAGCCAUGGCUACGAACUUGUUUCUAUUGAGUUUGCCUACAGAUUCAACCGACAUGAUAACGUGUUCACUAGCCUUAUUCAACAGCUCAACUCAAUAAAAGUAGAGGCCCAAGCACAAGGCAAACCAGCUCUGCGUAGCCUAGCCAUAAUGCUUAGGAACUCCUUAUAUGGAUGCUUCGAAAUGCAUCCCCAUAUCAACAGAGUUGUCCUUGCCGAUCCUGAUCAAGCUAGAGUUAUUGCCUCAGCCUUCCCUAUUAUCUUUACUAUACCUUUCACUAAUGGUUAUGAGUUAAUUGAGUUUGAACCAAUGCCUGUAUACUACUCUGAUACGGAUUCUAUCAUUACUGAUGCUCACCUCCCAGCCAGCAUGAUCCAUGAUGAUAACCUAGGUAAACUUAAACUCGAGCACAAGAUUAAAGAAGAGUUCUUCAUAGCUCCUAAACUAUACUGGCUUGAGUGUAGUGAUGAUAAAGAAGGAAGCUACACAGUAUCACGAUCCUAUGGCUACAGAGAUCAAUUAAGCUGGAAGCAAGCUGAGUUCUUGUACCAAUAUUUCGAUAUGAAGCUUAAUAUAAUAGGCAAGUUCUCCAAACAAAGUAAAGUACUGGACAACAAUGAAGAUACGGUCGAUACUCAGCCUCUAGUCUUCAAUCAAGAACUAGUUAAACCCAUAGAACCAGCUCCAAGCAACUUUAAAGAUAUUUCAGCUAGCAGUGUAAGGCUUCCACAAGGACCCUCAAAGGUAAAUCUCAAUCCGCGUAGACAGAUCAAUUCUGUCACCCCAAAAAAGGCAAGUCUCUGGGCUAUCAGCCCUGAAGAAGGCUCUCUUAUGCUCCAGCAGGAGGAGGCAUCCUCCUAA